AUGAGCUUCACCUGCGCCAUCACCCGACUGUCUCAGACCGUCAGCUAUUGGAUCAACUCCUGGAAGCUAACCGGGCUCGAUUUGGACAUGGAUGGGUCGGAUUACUGGGCACAUGCCACCCUCAAUGUUUUCCCGGAUGAGUCUCAGGGUAUGUUCGGCUUUGUACAAAACAUUCAACGGGACCUUGACAGCGAAGCUGCCGUGCACAAUCCGUGGUGGGUGGUGACGGUACCUCGACCAGUCCAAGCACAUGAUAGAACAGGGCCGCAGCAACUCGUUGAGCUAGCUGCGUAUAUCCGCCAGGUGAUAAUGACUGCGCGCAGCCAGGAAUUUCUGCAGGCUAUGCUGGAUCACUUCAAACUUAUGGAACACAGGCCAAUGUAUCCACGCAGCCAGAAUCUGCAUGUGUCUGAAGUCAUAAUGUCGUCUUCGUCUCAGUUGCCGUGCUAUGGAAUGGGACUCCCCAAAGCAGACGGCCAGGAUGCAUUUCCAGAAUACACAGAUAUAAGCAUCGAUUCAAUAGGUCUCUCAACCUCGGUCGGACUUGCGUGGCAUGACGCCGUUCUUUCGUGGCAGGAUAAACAAAAAACCGGGUUCUUGAUCUGUGCGUCUCUGCAUAAGGAAUUGUGGCAUGAAAUCGCACGGAUCCGCAAUGAAGCGUCCUCAUGGUCAACUGGCAGUGAGGUUAGGUGA